GCGGUUUCGGUUUCAGUUUCAGCUACUGCGUGGAAGCUGUCGAUGGAGAAGCGACCCCGAGAAGCGCUCGGCAGCGGAAAACCAAGGGGUGAGAGUAGAUGGGCGGAGCUGACUCCGGAACUGCUUGCGCUCAUAUUUUCACUGAUGCCGGCGGACGUGCUGGCGAGGACGAUGUCGUUCGUCUGCCGCUCUUGGCGGGACGUACUCGCGGAGCCAUACAGCUGGUCCGUCGUCGACUUGGCAAACUGGUGCCUCCGCGUCGAGCGCACCGAUGUCAUUGAUUUCGUCGUUGGCCACCUCGUGGACCGCAGCAGGGGCACCGUCCGCCGCCUCUCCGUCUACUACCUUGGAGACUCCGGAUUCGCCCACACCGCAUUGCUUUGCAGAUUGCUUAGCAAGCUUGAAAUGCGAGAGAGUUUUGUGACUGACAAAAUGGUAAAGGAGCAUGCAAAUUUACUCUCUAAUCUCACUUUUCUGGACAUUAGUUAUUGUGCCAACAUCACCUCCGAAGGCAUCGAAGCACUCGGAAAGAACUGCAAGAAUUUAGCUCUGUUGAGGAGAAGUAUGUCACCGCCUGGGAUAACCCGAGAGAAUGGUUUACCUUCCAUGGUGGACGAAGGGGAAGCCAUGGCCAUAGCUAACAAUAUGGUUGGACUUAAACAGCUUGAGCUUUCAUAUGGGAAAUUCACCAAUAAUGGGUUGGUGGCGAUCUUGACGAACUGCACUGCGCUUAUUUAUCUUGAUAUAGUAGGUUGUCGGAAUGUUCAAAUGACAGGCAACGUUGAAUUAAUGUGUCAGAAAAUCAAAACCUGCGUGUAUACAGGAUAUAAGAAAGAUAUCUCUAGUGAUGAUUUCUCUACUGAUUCUCCAACAGAUGUCUCUAGUGAUCAAGAAGAUGAAGCAUGAAGUAGCAACUUGUCGGGCUGUUAUAAUCUUGUUUGUUAAUGUUUAUGAUCUUUCUACGUACUCUAUGUUUAAGUCAAUGUUGCUUUGUUCUUAUUUUAGCUAACAAAAGUGGUGUAAACUCCUUCAGUUCAAUAUAGU